AUGGCCAAACGCCUGAGAAGCAGCAGUAGCUGUGUGGAAGGAGAGCAGCCGACCAGGGCGGCCUCCCCAGAGGAGGUGACGCUCAGGCGGGCAGCAACGAACAAGGAGGGACGGGAGCACGGGGAGCACGGGGAGCACGGUGAGCACGGGAGCACGGAGAGCACGGUGGGCACGGGGAGCACGGUGAGCACGGGGAGCACGGGGAGCACGGUGAGCACGGGGAGCACGGUGAGCACGGUGAGCACAGUGGACACGGGGAGCACGGGGAGCACGCACGGUGAGCACGGGAGCACGGGGAGCACGGUGAGCACGGUGAGCACGGGGAGCACAGGGAGCACGGUGAGCACGGUGGACACGGGGAGCACGGGGAGCACGGGGAGCACGGUGAGCACGGGGAGCACGGUGAGCACGGUGAGCACAGUGGACACGGGGAGCACGGUGAGCACGGUGAGCACAGUGGACACGGGGAGCACGGGGAGCACGGUGAGCAGGUGA